AUGACGUCAAACCCACCGGGGCCUUGCUGUAUCAUUGGAGUGAAGCAUGAUGGUGAGCCUAGGGGGCAGAUAAGAAAAAUAGGAAACGUUGAGGCCUACGUCUCAUACCCAGCGAAUCGCUCGACAAGAAGGGCUAUUCUCGUGCUCUCAGAUGUCAUUGGACAUGAAUUUGUCAACUCCCAACUGAUCGUGGAUCAACUUGCUAGCAAUGGCUUCUUUGUAGUCAUGCCUGACCUCUUCCACAGCGACCCAAUACCGCUCAAUAGGCCUGCGAAUUUCAACUUCAUGGCAUGGCUUAAAGGGCCCCCCGGACAUAUGCCGAACAGAGUUGACCCUGUGGUUCAUUCGGUUCUGACUCACAUGAGAGAAAGCUUGCAGUGUCGGAGGAUCGGUCUUGUGGGCUACUGCUUUGGGGCGAAAUACGCAAUCCGUUUCUUGAAGCCAGGUUUCGGAGAUGUAGGUUAUGUUGCCCAUCCCAGCUUCGUCGAGGCAGUUGAAUUGAAGAACAUUAAAGGCCCAUUGUCAAUAGCAGCGGCUGAAAUAGAUUCGAUCUUCCCGGCCUCAAAGCGUCACGAGUCCGAGGAAAUUCUUGCAAAAAUUAGCCAACCAUACCAAAUCAACUUGUUCAGUGGUGUCGAACAUGGUUUUGCUGUGCGUGCUGACAUUCACAAAUCCCAUGUUAAAUUUGCGAACGAGAGUGCAUUUUGCCAGGCAGUUGCUUGGUUCAACCAAUACCUUUAG